AUGGACGAGAGCAUGCAAGAAUUGUGCAGUAAAAUAUACCUAGAGAGAGAAUUCAUAUCGGCAAGGAGAUAUUCCUUUCUAUUCCUCUUCUCCUUCUUUCCUAAUCUACUAUCAUUCUACCUCUCCACUUUUAUAUUUCUACUCCAUCUUUUCUAUUUUUCUAAUCUUCUUCUCCUAUCCUCCUACUCUCUUCUCCUUUCUCUCUUCUCCCACUACUCUCAUAGUAGGCUAUUAUUCCUCUCCUUUUCUAUUACUACACUUCUCUUCUCUCUUAUCCUACUCUCAUUUCCUCCUACUGCUAUUCUUUCCUUUGCUCCUAUUGCUCUUUUUCUUCUUGCUUGUCCUAAAUCUCUCAUUUGCUCCUAAUGCUCAUCUAUCCUUUUCUCCUACUACUCCUAUUCUUUUCCUCACCUAUCCUCUUAAAUCUCUCAUUUCCUCCUAAUUCUCUCCUCUACUACUCUCCUCUUCUCCUCACCUUUCCUCCUACUCUCUUCACCUCUCCUUUCUUCCUAAUACUACUCUUAUCAUACUCCCCUCCUUUUUUUUUACUCCACUUCCUCACUCUCUCUUCCUCCUCCUCUUCUCCUCUCUAUCAUCUUACAUCUCUCAUUUCCAACUUCUCC